UUUUAAACCAAACAAAAGCCCUCGGAAGUGUCGCGUGUGUUUUUUAUUCGGGAAAUAGAAACUGAAGAUUAAGUUUGAAAAUGUUACCAAACAAAGCGCUCACAGAAGAACGACAUAAACCGCGCGAAUGUAAUCGGAUUGAUUAGCUUUGAUGGAUCGGUCCUUUAUUUGUCUGUAAAUGAGAAUACUGUGCUUCGUCUGUAUUGCACCGCUGCAAAUGAGAAUAUCAGAUUUAAACUAUCUCUAUUUUGUGGAGAAUUAAGUAAAUGUGUGUGUGUUAUCUGCUAGCAUUGUUCGUGUUUGCUUUCUCAGCAGUGCUGUGCGUUUGAAGUGUUUCUGCUAGAGCCCGAUUGUUGCUCGUUAUCUAACCGGACAGCAGCCUGUUCAUCACAGAGAAAGCUGUUCGUCCAGAAUGACCCUGGCAGUGUUUUUUGGCUGUGCUUUCAUAGCGUUCGGUCCAGCUUUCGCCCUGUUUGUUUUCACCAUCGCCAAAGACCCGUUAAGAGUCAUCAUUCUGAUCGCAGGGGCGUUUUUCUGGCUGCUGUCUCUGCUGUUGUCCUCUCUGGUGUGGUUCAUCGCUAUAAAGGCCAGUAACUCGCAGGAUCUCACCCUUCAGAGGGGGCUGCUGAUUUUUGGGGUCUUCUUUUCGGUCUUGCUCCAGGAAGUGUUUCGCUUCACCUACUACAGACUGCUCAGGAAGGCCACCGAGGGUCUGGCAGCCAUUACUGAUGAUGACGGUUCAGCUAUUUCGGUGCGACAGAUGGCUUACGUGGCUGGGCUGGGCUUUGGGAUCAUGAGUGGUGCGUUCUCAAUGAUCAACGUCCUGUCUGACUCUCUGGGUCCCGGGACGGUCGGCAUCUUUGGAGACUCACAGUAUUACUUCAUUACAGCAGCGCUGAUGACGCUGGCGCUGACGCUGCUGCACACGUUUUGGGGUGUGCUGUUCUUCGAGGGCUGUGAGAAGAGCUGCUGGUGGGUCAUCGCUGCAGUCGUCUCUCUACACUUGUUAGUCGCUGGCCUGUCGCUGCUGAAUCCGCUGUAUGAAGGCAGUCUUCCUCCUGUGUACGGCAUUACGCUGCUGAUGGGCGUCUGGGCGUUCUUCUCGUCUGGAGGAUCACUACACAGCCUCAAUGCUCUCUGCACACGCAGGAAAGCUGAAGGGGAAUCUUCAUAAGAUGGUUUUUGUCAUAGCUAGCGAGAUGUAGGACAACAGAACGGCUGAGUCUGCAGCGGCGGUUUGUGAAGAGCACAAUCACCAGCUCAGACCCCGAGGGGAUCCAGACACGUCCCGGGACCUCCAGCAUCAGCCAUCUCUACGGGGCCAACGGCCAUCAGACUGUCACAGAAACACUGUAAAUAGCUUGAUCUGAAUGCAAAUCAAUAAGACAGAUCUCUAAUAUUAUUUUGUUUUAAAAGCAUCAUUCGUUGGCUCUUCUUGUGAAUGUUUGUGGUUUUGAGUUUUCUUUGCUGGUGUCCUGUACGUUCUGAGUGAAGCCGCUUUAAGGGGUCGAGCGAUCAAAACAGAGCACCAGUUUCAUCCUCUUUUACUCAUGUUAUCCUCAUUAUUAUUAGUAGUAGUAGUAGUACAGAACAUUUCCAUUUACUGCCAUUAUGUACUCCUUUUGGAACACAUUAUUUGUGUUGUGACAAACUAAUGCACAAGGAAACAUUUCACAUUAUCAAACGGAUCAAAUGUCUUAACCAUUUCUAUGUGUAAUUAUUAUGCAAGACAGAUUGAUGCUUGGUGAUCAAAGUUUUGAAAGUAAUUUUUCAUCAGCCUAUUCAUUUGUUUGAAGCUCAUUUGAUCGGUAUAAAACCGGAAUAACAAAGCAACUGAAACUCCAUUUUCAAUAUAUUUCUGACAAUUGAAUGCAACCUUUACAUAUAUGGACAGGAAGCAAUAUCUGGAUAUUGCGGAAUCUUCUGUCUAUGUUAAUAUCUGUUUGAGAAGUGGUCAGCUGUAGUUAUCUGAGACUUACUCUGUAGAUCUCACACUUGUCUUCUCUGUGAGGAACACUAACAGCUUUAAUUCCUAACCCAGCACACUAACAUCACUGCAUUUACUUACACGUGACCUGUUUUCCAGCCUUAAAACGCGUUCGGCACACACUCAGUGAAGUCUCAGCGGUUCUGUGUUGAUGCCACGUUCAGGAUUGUUUCUCUGGAUGCUGGCAGCUCCUUCAGUAACCUCUAACAGUCGGUGUGCUUCUGUUGUUCUGUACUCAUCCUCUGUGUCUGUGUAAGUAGAUUCUGGUAUACAUUUGUCAUCCAGUGAUAAAACCUGUGCAGAUGGAGCUCUCAUCAUCUUCUGUAUAUUAGACACAAUUACUCGGUGCUUUGAUGAAUUUCAAUUACAAAAGGACUUCUUGUAAUUAUGUAACAUUUUAAUGCCGCUUUAUAAAGUUUCUAAGAAUAUGACGUGCCAAUCGGGGAAUCAGAUUGCUGUUCAUAUGCAAAAUUGAUUUGACAAAAAGAUUAAAA